CAUAAUUCCACGUUAUUGGUGUCAUCAAGAAUGUUCUGAAUGCUACUCGUGACCUGAAUUUUCCAUGACUAUGUACUGUACAUUUCCUUACCGCUUGUGGCAACAGGUUGAACCAGCUGCAUAAACGGUCAUAGCAUUAUUGAUCAGCGCUGCAUGGGAUGCGUCAAGUUUCAAUAUCUGAGGACAGGAGCACGCAAAAUCACUCAAUCAUUCAAGAUCUAUGGACGAAAUGAUCGCUUGUCCCAUUGGCACACGCGCUGAGACCAGGUCUGGGGGGCCUCCUAGCAGCUCGGGGCUCCAAGCAGUUGCCUGCCUUGCCUAUUGACAAGAGAGUAAGGCAUGUGCUGUGACAGUAGCGUGUCUCAUAAUGGCUGUCAGUGAGUACGACAUAUCCAUUCUUAAUGUGGUACUCCAAACAGCUGAGCUGCGGAUAGGCUGUUCUAUUUGCACCACCAAGGAAGAGGAAAUCACAUAUUCAAUAAAGACCAUACCACACAAGUGUCAAGAAAAUUUGCUCUUAGCUAAACUCAAGAAAGAUGGAAAAUGUUGGAGGCCAAUUUCAAAGCGACCAGAAUAUCCAAAUCCAAUGCAGUACGACGUAUGUUGGUUCUUUGCGGAGGGUAGUGGAUGCACUGUACAUAGAAAGAGAUGUACCUUUGCAAGGAGUCCUGAGGAAGUCUUGAUUUGGAAUUUCCUAAAGAGGCAUUUUCUAGAUCUUGAGUCUUUAAUCAGUCUGAUAAGUGAGUUGGAACAAAAUGUCUCCAACCUGGAAGGGGUUUCUGAAAAUAUAUUUGCAGACUGGAGUGGAGAAUUUCAGGAGCUCUGCAGAGAAUGUUUCAAUGGAAGUCCAUGUAGGAUAACAGAGAGAGAGUCCAGUCAUGUUUGUGGCACAGUUUUGGGACAUCGCUGGACGCCAAUGAUGGUACACUGUCUGGAACAGACUCCGGGCAACCGCAUGUUCAGUGAGAUACGACCACUCCCUCCCAAAGCCUUGCUGCAGCUGUGCUGCCAUGAUACCAAAGAUAAGUCCCCAGGGCAUAGUCCUCUGGAGUGCCAGUUUGCCCAUAACAAAGUGGAGUUGGCAGUUUGGAAGCAGGAAAUCAACAGUGAGUGGAAUCGUAUGGAGCUUCUGUGGCUAUCUCAAAAGAGGAGGCAGCCACAACACUCAAAUGAAGUCCGGUUGCUCUCUCAGAACACCACUACUAAACUGCAUACAUCAAAUGACAGCACUGGCGUAAGUGCUCGAGGGCCCAUGGAGUAUGAGACUUCUUACCAGGAUCGUCUACUCAAGGAGUAUAGAGACAGUGACAAAACAGUUGUGAUUAUGGCAGAGCAUGUUGAUGAGGUUGACAUCACACAUGAUGAAGAUCUCUAUUUGGAGUGUCAAGAAGUAGGCACAGAGAUUAAAUGGACUUUCCAGAUCAAAACAGAGAGAUUGUUAUCCCAUGUGGCCUUGCUAAAGAACGAACCAGGAGCCAUAUUCAACCUUGGUGACAGCUCUCACAAUAUGGCAUGCACAUAUUCAGUAGGAAAUGCUUUUGUGAAGUCUGGACUGUGUUAUGAAGUCACUGUCACCUUUAAGUCUUCCCUCUCUGGUCUGUUUGAGCAGUGGCUGGUGCUCGACUUUGACAUAAGACCAGUGCUUUUGCAGAAACUCAAGGUACGAGUAUGGCAAUCUCUUUUGGAACCUGAGGGGGUCUUAGAGACUUUUGCGCCCAUUUUGGAGCGGUGGCACAAAGAAAACCGGGUUAUUAUGCCCUACCUCCCCCACUUGCCAUCCAGAACUCAAGACGAGCUGCUGAAGACAUAUGAUCUCCCUCAGAAAAAGCAUGGGGCCAGCAAAACAGCUGAUAGCAUUACCACAAUCAGUCGUCAGAACUACAGGGAGAGAAUGCACCAUUUUCUAUUCGAGGAGGAACACGUUGAAGCAGAAAUGGUUAGCAGGCUUGAUUUUCGGGGAACCAUGACAUUAUCAAACAACUUGACAAGCCCUUACGAAGAGAUAGGUUUCUGUGCACUUCCUGGAGAACUUUUUGGCACAUUGGCUUUCUCCUUUAACAUAACACAAGGUGCUCCAGAGGGGUUCUUGCUGAAACGAGAGGUGGAAUCUGUUCUUGUUGGUGAGGUCACUUCCUGUGAUCCAAAACAAAAGGUCUAUGAGGCUGUCAUCAUUAGAGAUGUUGCCAGUGACAAAGAGAUACAUCUGCAGCUGUCGAGAAUAUGCUGUUCAGACUUGGGUCUUCAAAAGGAUCAAGUACGUGACAUGGAGGUCCAAUUCCAGCUGAAUCGUCUCUCAUUCUGUGAGAUGCACAAGGCCAUUGAUCUCCUUCCAGACUUGAAUAAUGUACUCCCAGAUUUCACAAACAGCUGUGUUCCGUCACAUUCACCGAAAUAUCCAAAGCUCAAUGCAAAUCAGCAGGCUGCCAUGGAAUUCAUCCUUGGUGAACUUGAUGGAAAAAAUGGUGUCGCACCACUGCUGAUAUAUGGGCCCUUUGGAACUGGAAAAACAUUCACUUUGGCCUCAGCUGCAAAAGAGGUAGUCUGCCAGUCUAGUGGCCGUGUACUUAUCUGCACACACACAAACAGCUCUGCAGACAUAUAUGUCAGUCGCCACUUCCAUCAGUACUUCGAAGCUGGGUAUCAUGAAGUCAGACCACUUAGAAUUAAGACCACGAAGAAAAGAAUUGCCGUUCGAGCCACAGAUGCGAUAACACUGAUGUACUGUCUUCUGUCUCCAAAUGGCCAAUUGUUCAUUUUCCCAAUGAAACAUGACUUAGACUCACACCGUAUUGUGAUAAUAACGACUUCAUGGGCAAAGAACCUCCGUGAACUGAAGCUCCCUGAAAACUACUUUAGCCACAUCAUGAUUGACGAAGCCUCUCAGAUGCUGGAGAGUGAAGCCCUGAUGGCUCUUGGCCUGGCAGGCCCUAAGACUCGAAUAGUUCUGGCUGGAGAUCACAUGCAGAUGGGGCCCAAGCUCUUCUCUGUGGGGGAUGACAAGCGCUCAGACCACACGCUGCUCAAUCGCCUCUUCUACUACUACCAGUCCGAAAAGAAAAACGUUGCCUUGGAGAGCAGAAUCAUUUUUAAUGAAAACUACCGUUCAAAUAAAGAGAUUGUGAAUUUUGUUUCCACCCACUUCUACACUGGCAAGAAAGAUACCAUUAGGGCAUGUGGAAAUGUACCUGCUCAUCCCAAACACUAUCCACUCAGGUUCCAUCAUGUUAGAGGGGAAUGGCAUUUACAUCCAAAGAGCCAGUCUUGGUACAAUUUGGAAGAGGCUGAGACAGUUGUAAACAUAGUUGGAGAACUUCUUGAUGACUGGCCAUUAAAGGAGUGGGGACCACAAAAAGCAGAAGACAUCUGUGUUCUAUCGGAGGGUCACCAGGUUCAAGUCGUGAGAGAUAAACUUAGGAGAAAACGUCUUGGUGGAGUAUUAGUGCAAAACUUAGCCAAUGUUCAAGGUAAGCAGUUCAGGGUGAUAGUGAUGACUGCAGUUCAGACACGAGAUCAAUUACUCAUGUCAAAUGCCAAAUGUUGUUUGGAGUUUUUCAAUGAUGCCCGUGUCUUGAACACGGCUUUCACUAGAGCGCAGUCUGAGGUGAUAGUAGUGGGAGAUUCUGCUGCUCUCUGCUUCUUCGGAAAAUGCUCCAAGACAUGGAAAUACUACAUAGAGCAUUGCAUCAAGAAAGAAAGUGCCCAACCUGACCACCUCACAGAGGAAUUUCUGAGGAAGGAAGUGGAGGAAAUUUCAAGAUUCCAGAAAGCAGAACGUAAUGUUGAUGCAGAAGACAGUCCAUUGGUUGAAGAGGAUCAGAUGGAUCUGAUAUUGCAACAAAUGAUUAAUGACUAUGCUGAUGAAAACAGUGAACAAUCAGAUGCAGAGAGCGAGACACAGAGUAACUGUCCAUCUCAAAAAAGCACACGAUCAUCUAGGAAUACACAUGUAUACAAACAAAAGCAAACCUGGCAUACACUGACCAUAGGCCAAACAGCACGAUCUGAAGAUCCCUCUAAGUCUGAUAUGGGCAGAGGUAUAGGCCAUACCGCACAACGUGAAUGUCUCUUGGAGUCUGAAAAGGGUAGCUCUAUUGUGGGUGAGUCCUUUCUGUGCAUUUUUAAAGAUGACUUCCAGCACAGAGAGCACAAUAAGAAGAGUGAGUUCAUUCAGAAAGAAAUGGUGUCCAUCAGCAAAGAUGCAAAUACAAUCCGUGUGCUACUACAGAAGCGCUCUUAUGAUUGUAUGCCCAUUUGGAAGAUUGAGAAUGGAGACUGGAAGAUCACAAGGUAUGAGCACUUUGAUGAGCAACUGAGGAAAAAACAUGUGUUCAUUGUGCAGGUGAUAUGCUGGAAAGACCACUGCCUCUUUCCACUAGGAAACGUGAUUGAUGUUCUUCCCAUUGGGACAACUGUAGAUGAGGGCCUAAGAGUCUUGGAUGCGAAGUUCAAACUGGACCAGUUGCCUCCUAGUGAUUAUCCCAUUGCUGAUGUGGACAACAGAAAUACAAAGGACUUACGGAGUGUAAUGACUUUUACUAUUGACAAGAGUAAGGCUACACACCUAGAUGAUGCGAUAAGUGUUUGUGAGAAAGCAAGUCAUUAUGAAAUUGGAGUUCACAUAGUUGAUGUUGCAAGUUCAUUGAAAAAGGAUGAUGAGCUUGAUAGAAUUGCUGAGAAGAGGGGCGAAACAUGCUAUCACACUGGAAAAAAGCCAAUUUUCAUGUUCCCAGAAUCGCACAGCAUGAUAACAUGGAGCCUUUUACCAAAAGGAGAUAGAAGAGUCAAGCAAAGAUCAAAUGAUCGAAGAGUCAUUUCAUUAAUCAUUAAAGUGGAUAAAAAAACAGGCUCAAUUAUUAAUAAGAGACUGCAGUUCUCACAGAUAAAUUCGAACAGGAAGCUGUCCUAUGGAGAAGUGGAACGUAUUCUCAGCACAGUAGAGAAUGGGGAAUGGGGAGUGAGGAAUGAUCUGAACUGUGAAACACUGGAAGACUGCAUUGCAGUGGCAUACCGAUUUUCUCAGGUUUGCAGGAAGGGCAGGCUUCAGAGGGACUGGUUAUAUUGCCAACCAGGCAAAGGUCAGACUCCAGGGAGAAGGAGAGGUCAUGUCAUGGUAGAAGAGCUUAAUAUAAUGUUUAACCAUGAAAUGGCCAAUUAUUUGAUUGGCAAGGAUGAAACCAAGUUUUUCACUCCCCUGAGAUGCCAGAAGCCUCCGGAUGAGGAGGAGGUAAGAAAACUCAAAGAGAGAUACAUGGAUCUAAUACCGAUGUCAGCACACUUGAAACAUCUCUGUGGUGGUAAGGAACAGGAUCAAGGAGAUGGACCUUUCACAGUGUUGUCAUCUACCUGGAGUAAGCUAGAAGAAGCUGUCCAAAGAGGUCAGUAUGAUAUCAUGGCUGACCUUAUUGGAACAGAUGACCAUUAUCCACAACUUCUGCCUGUAAUUUCAAAAUUAAGAGAUGUUCAGGGUAAAGCCUACUUCGUUCGCUCCAACUCUUGUGCCGAUGCUAAUGUUGGCCACUAUUCAUUGGUGGUUGAUGCAUACACCUACGCAUCGUCACCCAUUAGGCGCUAUAUGGACAUUGUCUUGCAGAGGCUCUUCCAUUCAGCUUACAGUCGCAGCUGUGUUGAAUAUUCUCAAUUAGAUAUUGACAAAUUGUGUAAGCAGUUUGAGAAAAACAACCAACAGGCAGAGGAGUAUGAAAAACAGGCUGAGAUCAUGAAUCUCUCAAUCAGCCUUAGGAAGCAAAGCUCUUCCAAUCUGGCUUGUGUGGUGUAUGUAAACAAACAGGAAGAUCAUUUUACGGUGUCUUUCCUACAUAACAAAGGUUCACUGCCUGAAAAGUUGCCUUUACUGUAUAGAGACCUGCUAUUGGACAACCAACCUAAGUUUGAUCAAGAGCGAGUCAAGCUAAAGUGGAGGAGACGAGUGUACACAUUACACAGUCCAAGGGUGCGAGCAGAACUGAGAAAACUGGAAGAAGGCAACCCAUGCAUCAAGGUCCCACGGAGGACAUGGCAUGACAUUGUAGUGGCAGUUCAAAGUGAGGACUGGGCUACGGCAACCGAUCUCAUCUGCACAUGUGAAAUGUGGAGUGGGGAGGAGUCUGAGGAAUCUGAAAGUAAUUCUGGUGAUGACAUUCAACAGCCUCAAGAUAAAUCAAGGCAGGAAGAGCACUACACUGUGCAUUCCCUUCAUUUGAAACAUGGCGAAACAUUAAAAGUACAACUAACAGCUGAGUGGGACAAGGAUUCUUGGAUCGUCAGACCUCAGCUCCUGUAUGUUAAGCCUAACUUUGUGGUUUGUGUUGACCAUGCUCAUCAGCCUGCAGAUUGUUUCACCAAACACGCUGAAUGUGACACCAAGAAUUACUUUAAAGACGUCCAGGAAUAUGUGAAGAUCUGGAAACCACUGUGCCAGAUGGUCUCUGCUAGUAGUGCAGUGGGGGAUGGUGACAGCAUAACCAUUGAAGAUGUUCGAAUAGCAUGGGAAGAUACAGGAAGAGGCAAUAUAACUGGAGGGAGCUUCUCUUUGCCCAUGGAGCUCAUCAAAAUAUGGAGGAUUGAGUGUGACCUGGCCCAGUGUUACCUCUGCAUUAAGAAAAGGAAUCUUAAGUUGAACACCAGACAGUCAGGUGAUUUCUGUGAUCCUUGUACUUCCUUUACCUGGGUGGUCCAUGGGGUGGUGACCAGCUGUGAAAGAAGUGGGAAGAAAUCCCGCAAUCAGUCAAAGACUGUAAAAUUCUACAUCAACCACAGAUCAAUGACACACGUUCCAAAUGAAGUCCUCAACUCAGACUUCUCAAUUGAACUUAUUCCCAAGCUUCCUCCAGAUGUACGGACAGAAAAUGCCAUUAACAACAUUGUGAAAGCAAAUGAUCUUGUCCAGAUUAUUGCACUUGGAUGGCAUAUGAAGAAAGAUGACUCUGAGCCCAUACCAAAGUGGCAUAUCCUGAAACAAAUGGAAGGGCAAAUUCCAAAAUCACUUCCUGAACUGAAUGAUAGUCAGCAAAGUGCUGUAGUACAUGCUGUCAACAACAAAUUCACUUUAAUACAAGGUCCACCAGGUACUGGGAAGACUGUUGUUGGAGCCUACAUAGCAUAUUUAUUCUGUAAACGACUGGCGGAGGUUGAUCCUGAAGACAAGAAAGAAGUUGUUCUCUACUGUGGUCCCUCCCAUAAGUCAGUUGAUGUUGUCGCUGAGUACCUUCUUAAAUUUGAAGACGGACUGAAACCUUUAAGGGUGUACAGCAAGCAGAUAGAGAUGCAGGAAUUCCCCUACCCAGGAAGCACUCUGCAACUGUCACGGAAGUCACGGCAGGAAAAAUCAAACCCACAGCUCAGGAGCAUUACCAUGCAUUAUCGUUUUCGGGACAAUGAAAACCCUUACUCAGAGGAAAUAAAGGCCUUUGAUGAGAAAAUAAAAACACUUCAAAUGUCGGAGCCAUUAACGGAAGCUGAAGAAAAGGAAAUAGAAAACUACAAAGAAGUGCUCAAUAAAGCGCGGGAGUAUGAACUGAAGAGACACGAUGUUAUCCUCUGCACUUGCACGGCAGCGUCCUCUGCAAGCCUCACAAAGUUCAUCAGCGCCAAAAUGAUCCUGAUUGAUGAGUGCGCCAUGGCAACAGAGCCGCAAGCACUGGUACCACUGGUCAGCUACAACCCCCAGAAGAUUGUAUUACUGGGUGACCACAAACAGUUGCGACCCAUAGUGACCAAUGAAAGGGCAAAGAAGAUGGGCAUGUCAAGGUCUCUCUUUGAGCGCUGUAUAACCUACCAUGCGUAUAAAAAGGCAGCUUGUACGCUCAACACGCAGUACAGAAUGCAUGAAGAGAUUUGUAAGUUCCCAUCAAGUGCUUACUAUAAUGACAAACUGAUAACAGCCUCCAGUUGCAAGGCGAGUGUCCUGCAGAUACAAAGACAUGGGAUGACACGAUCGACUCGAAUAGUCUUUGUGGACAUUAAGGGGGAAGAGAUCAGUCAGUUUGUUUCCACAAAAAAAGGAAAUGAAAAAUCUGUUACAAACCGCGAAGAGAGCAUCGACGCCACAAAAAUAGCUGGCUUGUUGGUUAAUAAGGGUGGUGUGAAUCAAGAAGACAUUGCUAUCCUGUCUCCUUACAAUGCUCAAGUGUCAGAUAUUAAAAGACGGCUGAACAAAAAGAAGCUUACUCAAAUCACCGUCUGCACUAUCACAAAAAGCCAAGGCAGUGAGUGGCGCUAUGUGAUUCUAUCUGUGGUGCGUUCAUGCCCCAUUCAGGAGGAAAACACAAGGGAGUUCCGAUCCAAGCAUAUAGGCUUUGUGGGGGAUGCAAACCAGAUCAAUGUCGGUAUCACCAGGGCUCAAGAUGGCCUCUGCAUUUUGGGUAACCAAGAAUUGUUGACCUGCAGCAAAGCUUGGAAAAAACUUCUGAAAUUUUACACAGAGAAGAACUGUGUUGUUACAGCUGAAGAUAUUGAUGUCAGGGCCUAGAACUUCUAGCUGCUCCCCUGCCACACAAGCAUGAAAAGACAGUUCAAUGUUUUCCCCUCUGCAUAGAGAAAGCCUUCAGGGUGGUGGGUGAGAGUUGGGACAGGCUACCUGGUGGAUGGUGUAUUAGAAGUAAGCCUUGAGGAAACAGAUGUUUCCUGUCAAUAUUUUUGUGAGAGACUAAUGUUCAUUGAUGUCAUUGUCAGGAAAACCUCACACGCUAUGCAUAAUUGCAUAUUAUUUAUAUGUUCUGGUCUAGAGAAUCAGAGUUCUAUCUUCGGGUAAACUGUUCCCAGGAACACAUGAAAUGUUUUGCAUCACACUUCAUCUUUAAAGUCUGGUUUGUGUAACCUGCUAGAUUUAUCUAUUGUAUUUGUUCAGAGAUUAUUUCAGAUUUACAGGCAUUUAACAAACAUCAACAUAAAUAAUCAUAUAAAAGACAAUUAUACAAAUAUAUAAAGAGACCAAUUGCAUUUGUCUUCCAACCAGGGCCUGCAUAAGACUGAGCUAGAAUAUAUGAUGGACUAAAUUAGUUUUUUUUUUAUCAGUAGGUUAUGUUUUCUCAUUUUUAGUAUAUUGUGUACAUUGUAUAUCACUGAGUGUUUUUCCUGUCUUUGUUUCUAAAAUGUGUUAUUACAAUUAAGUUUCUGUAUAGCUUAACAUAACAUGCCAAAUACAUAACAUUCUUUAUUGCCAGCUGUGGCUUUUACAUUUACACUUUUAUAUCUUUGUCAUGGACAGUUUAAUGACUUUUAAAUAAAAUAAAAUUAUGUGAAA